AUGAAAUCCCUGGCUCACGAGCCUCCACCUUUCUCCUUGUCCUGUUUGAUUGUUGGGGUUCUUAGCACCCUGCUUAUCAACAAAAAGGGUAAAACAUUUCAAAAAAAGAGGUUUAUUUCCUGUUUUCGAAGAUUCAGAUUGUUCUGUUCCUUCAAGCGGGAAAAAAAACACCAGUUUAGUCAGUCAUUGUUUUUCAAUCCAGUGUUGAGAUUCAAGAAUCAUAAGAUAAUCUUAAGGACCACACCCUCCGUCCAGCGGCGGAAACCGCUGCUGCGAAGCCGUUUCCCCUCUUCCUCCAGCGUCGAUGACUUCCGUAGCAGCACAAGGAGCAGCUCCAGGAACAGUGCCAAGUUCGGGGAGUUUUGUGGGGGGACGACAGCUGAGUGUGCGGCUAUUUGCUGCUGUUGCCCUUGUGGGAUAGCGAACCUUCUGGUUUUAGCAAUUUUCAAGGUUCCCGCAGGGCUAUGCCGCCGUGCUCUCCACCAUAAACGGCGGCGUAAUUUGCAGAAAAAAGGGUUGCUUCAGCGGGGUCAUUGUGAAUGUCAUGAUACCGACUUGCAUAUUCACCCUGUGGUUUGUCUGGAGGAUUUUUUCCUAGAUAAGGAGACUUCUGAAGAAGAUGAGAAAGCUGUGUUGGAACUGGAAAAAGAGAUGUGGCAAAGGUUUUAUGGCACUGGAUUUUGGAGAAGUCCUUCUCAGAGAGAAGGAGAGUCACCCAGAAUUAAACAACUGUAAAAAAAAAAAAAAAAAUCAAUGUUUGCUCCUUGUUACGUUUAAUCUGGGUGUAUAUACAUCAUUUUUAAUCAAAUAUUGUACUCCAUUUUUUGGGUUUUAAAUGGAGAAUGUUGUGGUGGUGAGAUUUUCUGAUUUCUGGGCAUUUAAAAAUGGCAAGAUUUUUAUGUCAUGAACCUGGAAAUCUUCAUUAAUUGAUGCCUUUA